GUGAGUCAGGCAGCCUGAGGGAGCUGAACCACAUGUAAAUAUUGCUGUGGCUAUGAAGGCCUGCCAUGAUCCAGCCAGCACAGGACACAUGAUUUAUGCACUCAGAUACCUCGUCAUUGCCUGUUCUGUCUCACUCACUUCCCUGCCUUUCCAACAGGAUGGUUGUUCAUUUUUGAAGCAGCUGUGCCAGUGGAAGAGAAGACCCAGUAAUGGACAGCUCUGACUUUGCACUGCCAGUUCUCACCAGUGAGCAACAGGGCAUUUUUCAGAAAGCUUUUACUUCUGAUGCUGAUUACUUUGAAACAUGUGAGAAAAUAAACCAGCCCUUCUGGAAAUCAUUAAUAAAAUGUUUAGGAACAAUUAUACCAGCCAUUCUGAGCACUGAAGAAACAAACAAUGUCCUUAACAGAAGCAAAGACUCUGAUCCGCGCACAGCUGCCUUACAGGCCAUAGAAAAAAAAGGAGCUAAUGCAAUGGUUGUGCUUUACCUGCUGCUGAAAGUGAAUGAUCCCUCUGGCUACAGACAGUUGCCUAGCUCCAAGGGAAAUGAUGAAAAGCUGAAGCUACUUGAGAGACUGGAAAAGAGUUUCAUGCUUUCACAGCAAAAAAGAAAGGCUGAAUGUUCAUCCAAGGAGUCUAAAGACAGAGAUUCACAAGCAGACAUCACUGAUAAAGCAAACAUUGCUGUGGCAACUGUUAAACCGCUUUUGCACAAAGAAAGUCAGGAAGACCACAAAAAGGAUGCUCAACAUGAAAGUGAUGCUGACCAGGAAGAUUUAGAGACAGAGAAGAUGGAAACCCAGUUGCUUGCAGGUGUAUCAACAGAGACUGUUCCCUACAGUGAAGCAGAGAUUGCAAGACAAGAAGAUGCAGUUGCAGAUGCAUAUGAGACUCACCAUGAUCACUGUGAACAGAGAUCCAGGUGGUGGAUGAGCAUUCGAAAAGAUGAUGAAUUCUUUCAUUUUGUCAUUCUUUGCUUUGCCAUUGGAGCCUUACUGGUUUGCUAUCACCACUACAAAGACUGGACCAUUUCUCUUGGUAUUGGUUUAAUCACCUUUGCUUCCCUAGAAACCACAGGGAUUUACUUUGGUUUAGUGCACAGAAUCCGCAGAGUCCUUGAGGGCUUUAUUCCUCUGAUUCAGAGAUUCAGACCAACAGGCAUAAGCAAAGCUGACUAAACAGAAGAAUCCUAGAGAAUUCAACAAGUCCCUGAAUUCCUGGAUUUACUGUAUUAAAGUUAAUAAACUAUUUUAUGGUGCAGUCAUACAAAUCUAAUGACUAAUAUAGAAUAUCAAAGUGUUAACCAUCAAAGAUGCAUUAUCCUCUGCACUAGGGAAGAGUUCUACCUGUGCUGCUUCUGUUUUUCAUUUUGAAGUGCUUUGUGGCUCAUUGCAACUACCUGUAAAGCAAACUCGGGUUAGGUUAUAAAUUCAUGCUAAGCCAGAUGUUUUAGCACAUCAUGUUAUUUUCCCCACAUAUAAUAAUCAUGUUGAUCUCACUUGAAGCCUGAAAUCAAUGGUAGGGCUCAUAUCAUCCUUAGUGGGCUCAUGGUUAAGACCAUUAGUACUAGAAAAAGGGCUCAAGUAGCUUUUGGGGGGUUCUUUCCUUCUCACACAUUUCACCUCUGGUUUACUUGUCAUGUUGCUGAGGUCUUCCUUGUUACAUGAGUGUGACUUGGGAAUAUUCUUCCAUGAGCAGAGCCCUGAAUUACUACAGUAACAUGCAACAAGCAUAUCCUUUUCCUCAAGGAGACAAUACCUUGGCAUUCACAAAGCCUCCCCCCUUCACUGCUCAUGAGACUGCAAGGGGGGCAGAUCUGUUUCUUGCUUGCCCAGUUAAACACCAAGGCCAUGUC